AAUAAUUUCUUAGCCUCCUCAUUGCUUCCUCUCUUGUCUCUUACCUGUUUGUGUGUUUAUUAAAGAGUUCUUAGUUUGACUCAAGAAGCUGAAGGACUUGAAGUUUUGAUUUCAAUUCACCAAAAUUUUUGAGUUGCAUAUAUAUCCUUUAUUGGCUUUUUCUUAGUUUUCUUGUCACAAAAACUAACCUUGAUUACAAAAGGCACAUAAAUCAAGAAAGAAUCUCUAAGAUAAUUGUAUAAGCAAGAUGGGUGCUAUGUAUGAAGAGCUAAGAAGAAACCAAGAAAUGGAUUCUUCAAGUAUUAUUCAUUCAAAACAACAUUAUCAACAACAAAAUUCUGGACUACUAAUGAGGUAUAACUCGGCUCCAACCUCGUUGUUUACAAACCUAAUCGACAACAACGCUCAAAACUUUAUCAACAAUGAAGAAUCGUUUACAAAUGAGAGUUAUCUUCCAUCCACAAGUUCAGAAAUGGAUACCAUGUUAUCCAAGUUGAUAUCAUCCAACAAUGGAUGGAACAAUUCUGAAGAAAAUUUGCAAGAGUUUGAUGUGAAACCUGUGAAACAAGAAAUAGGUGAAUCUGUUGCACAACAGAAUGGUAAUUACUCUUAUGGUGGAUCUGAGUUGAUUUACCAAGGCUUUUCAAAUGGUUCUGGUAAUGGUUUUUAUGGCUCUUUUGGUGGAGUUAACACUAUGGAAUCAGAUGAUUCUAAUCAAUCUAAAAUUGGUGUUAGGAAUUGCUCCAAUCUUAUUAGGCAAAAGAGUUCACCUGCUGAAUUUUUCUCUAAUGAAAAUGGUUUUGCAACAUUGACAUUGAGAGAGGUAGAAAGCUUUAAAGCCAAUGGUAUCUCAAAUGGUACACUUAACUUCUCAUCUAGGCCAUCUACAUGCUUGAAAAGGAUGCCACAAAUAGCUGAAAAUGGAAUUCAAAGCUUAGAAUCAAAUUGUGACCAAACUAUAAACCUAGUAAAUGAAAAUGGUAGCUCCAAAUUCACCAAUGAAUUUUGGGACAACUCUGCAUUCAAUGCACACAAAACAGAAAAUGAAGAUGAAAUAAUGUUUUCUACUACAAAUGGUUUGGACUCUCAAGAAGCAGAUUUUGGCUAUCAAAAUCUUGGUUUGACUCAUCAUUUGAGUCUUCCUAGUUCUUCUACUAAGAUGACAUCUAUGGAGAAGUUUCUUCAAGUUCAAGGUUCUGUUCCUUGUAAAAUUCGAGCGAAAAGAGGGUUCGCAACUCAUCCAAGAAGCAUUGCAGAGAGGGUCAGAAGAACAAGAAUUAGUGACAGAAUCAAGAAACUGCAAGGUCUUUUCCCAAAAUCAGAUAAGCAAACAAGCACAGCAGAUAUGUUGGAUUUGGCAGUUGAGUACAUUAAAGACCUACAAGAACAAGUUCAGAUACUCACAGAUUGUAAGGACAAAUGCAAAUGUGCAAGUCAUGAGAAGAAACACUGUAAACCUUGUAGCUGAUUUAAUCCUUCCUUUUAGAUAGAAAAUGGGAGCAAAAAUUUUGUGUAUAUAUCAAGAAAAAAAAAGAGUGUGCCAUAGUUUGCAAUUGUGUAAUUAUAGAAAAUAAUGCUGAUAUUUGCCUAGUAUGAGUUUAGGUCCAUAAAAUUUUGUUUUUCAAUUUUCUUUUCUGAUUUUCCUUUUAGCUUUGAUUAAAGAAUCAUUAUGUAAUGGAUGAAAAUAAUCAUUAUGUACUAUCAUAUUACAUAAAAGAAAUUUGAUUGCAUUGUAUAA